AUGCAAGACGGCAGAGAAAGACGUUCCAGCGGCAAUUGGCAAAAUAAUUCCGGCUCCCAAAGCUACCAUUACUUAAAUAAUAGUGGCGAGCAGUUAAACAGAAGCUGGUCGGAUGCGAAUCGAGGCAAUAAUCAACGCGGUCAGCAGCAGCAUCAACAGGGACCCAACUUUGGUCAAGCGAAUCACGACUUUCCCAAAUUUCGCGAUCCCAGCCAGCAGAAACAACAGCACAAUCGAUUUACACAAAACCAGCAAUCGGAUCGAGGAGCCGGCGGUGGCGGUGGUAAUAACAACAAUGAUGAACGCAAGCAUCGUCGGGGUGGCAAUCAAAAACGUGGUGGUCGCAAUGGCGGGGCUGGUGAUAACGGCGGUAAUGGCGGUGGUGGCCGUCGCCGACGUAACGGCGGUGGUCGCGGUGGCGGUGGCCGUAAUAAUCGAUCUGGCGGCCGCGGCGAUCGAUCUGGUGGCGGUGGUCGCAACGAUGGCGAUCGACGCGAUGGUGGCACUGCAAACGGACCUUGGUAUGAUGAGCCAAUGGAAAGUGACAUUUUUUAUUUUACAAAUGGCCAUAUAAAUAAAAUGGACCAAAUGGAGCCACUGCCAUCAAUAUCUCCGGCACCUGCAGAAGCGGCACAUGUGCCAACUGCAGAGGCAGCUCCAGCACCAAGUGUUGAAGCUCCCAGUGAAUCGACGCCAGUCAAGCCAGCAAUACCACCCGCCGCCCUAAUUAAUGUGGCCAAUAUCAAGAAGGAGAAGAAAGAUUCAUUACCUAAAGCAGCGGUUACAAAGCCAGCGGAAAGCAGCGAAGAGAGUUCAUCGAGCAGCUCGGAUGAAAGCACUGAAGAUGGGGAAAUUGUCACCAAACAGAAGGCAGCUGCAACUGUCUCAACGAUUAAGAGCAAGCCUGCUUCAUCGUCCUCUUCCUCCUCCGAAGAUUCAUCCAAGGAGGACACGCCGCCGCCUGUUAAAACCAAAACUGCCAAGGAAGCGACAAAGUCGAAUGAGGAUAACGGCGAGGAGGAGACGGAGGACUCAGAUGCAAAAAGCGAUGCAGAAGUCAAGAAGGAUCCUGCGAACAGAAAGGGCGGCUUGUUGUGCUUGCUCUGCGAUAAAAAAGGACACAGCUCGUUUGAGUGUCAAAUGAUUUGCAGAAAUUGCUCGGGACCGUAUCAUAGUCUAAAGAAUUGCCCACAUCCGCCUAACCUCAACAUUGCUGUGCAGGCAUUUAUGGAAUUUACAAUGCAGCAAAUGGCCGCCUUUAACAUGGACAAACGUUUUGCAUUUCCAGCUGGCGUUGUAGCUGCUGCAGCACCAGCCGUUGUGCCACCUGUGGCACCUCCUACUCCAGUUAAGUCCAAGAAAGAAAAGGAGAAACGUGCUGCUGCAGCUAAAGAAAGCGAUGAUGAUGAUGAUGAUGACGACGAUGCAGAUGAUGCUUCAGAAGAUGCAAGCAGCGAUAACGUAACAAGCAGUGAUUCCAGCAGUGAGCCACAGCAGCCGGCAGUAAAGGCGAAACGUAAGCGAAACACAGCGAAAGCAGUACCCACUAUAAAUCCAGCAGCGGCAGCCGCAGCCGCGGCAGCUUUUCCAUUUCCCUUGCUGGCAGCUGGUGCACCAUAUAACUCCAUGAUGUAUCCAUAUGCAGCGCCGUUCAAUUUCCCUAAAUAG